CUGGUUUUCAGAGAUGCAAACGCGAUAAGCGCUUUCAACGAGCCUCUAGCUGGUGCUGCUCGUUUUGUCGCGAGCCUUUGUGCAGUUAGUACCGCACUAGAAUCUCUUACGCAAAUGGUGCUGAGAGGUGGUGAUGUAACGGAUGCUGCGAAUACUGUACAUCAGGAGUUAGUGCGUGUGCGAUGUGCAGAAUACCAGUUCGCUGGAAUAUCAUCGCGAAUGGCUUCGUUUCUUGUUGAGGCGGGCAUGUUUCUCUCGCUGCUACAAUUACUCGUAGAGGUGACGUCUUUACCAGAGCGAUAUACCCAAGUUGUAUUGAGCAUUCGUGCCGUUAUUACAGAUGCACAAAAUCGAUGGGUAGUAGUAGGACCGCCGAGUGACCAGGCGCUAGCGCUGAUUGCUGCUAUAUUAGAUCCACUUGACUGUGCUGAUGCUGAUGGCAAAAAAAUUCUUUCUACUGGCACAUUUGGACAUCUUUUAGUUACUCAUGCCCCAGCUCUGCCAGAAGUAUUUCCAAGCAUAGGUGAUAUUCGAAUGAAAUGGGCACAGAUCUCUGAACCAAAUCGCGAUGUGGCUCUUGAAAAGCCAAUUCGCUUUGUGGCUGGUUUGCCUUGUGGAGUUCGGCUGGUCGCUUCUCUUCAUAAUCUCGACGAAAAUGAUCUGCGAAAUCUUCGUGUGCAGGUGCUUAGAAUUGGAGUGCUUACAUUUUUCAUUUUAGGCUUUUGUAUAGUAGAUCGACUAUCCAAACAACUCGCGUGGAUAUUUCCACCCACUGCCAUCGGACAUAUCAAAAGAAGGAGACCGCGUUUCGUCACAGGUCUCUUUUUCUCAUAA